AAUUGUUUUGAAAAAUUUGAAUGGCUGGCAGCGAAAUCAGGCCAAUCUUCAUUCCACAAACAAAUCAUUAGCAGGUGGCACGAGGCAUGAAAUUGUGUGUAGCAGUAGUCGAAUAUGUUGACUAUUAAAAAGUGGUUCUAAUUUCUAAGAAAUCAACAAAUUCCUUCCCUUACGAAUAUACCCUACUUCCUACUAGGCUACUAGGUCUAUAUACUUCUAUACCAAUAGAAUCUCGCCAGUCUAAACCUUGUUGAGUGAAAAGAAAGAGAACAAAAUGAAGAGGCACAAUGAUGAAAAUCCAACUGCACCCAGCACAAAAAAGUUUAAAAGUAGAUGGGAUGUGGGACCUAAUGAUGUUGAAAAUGAGGUGUUAUGUCUUGGAGUCUAUCCAAAGAGUGAUAUUGAAACUAGGAAAAAAAUCCAGCCCAACAGUGAUAUUGAAAGGAAAAGAAUCCAACCUAAAACCGAUAUUGAAAGGAAAAUAACCCAGCCAGCAGCAAAAAUCCAGCCCAACAGUGAUGUUGAAAGGAAAAGAAUCCAACCCAAACGUGACAUUGAAAGGAAAAUAACCGAGCCCAAAACUGAUAUUGAAAAGAAAAAGAUUCAGCCUAAGAAUGAUGCCCAGCAAAAAUACAAAGACCACUGUGGACAAGACCACUGUGGACAAGCCACAUGGGAAAUUCACGAAGUAUUGGCUGAUUCUUAUGGAGUUCCUUUGUCCGCUUGUAAAAAAUUCACAUCACUAAUCAAAGAAGACUGUACUCUGCCCUUCAUUGCUCGAUACAGGAAAGAGAUGGUAGGCAAUCUGGAUAUAGAAGUUCUGAGAAAAAUGAAGUCAUCUCUGGAAGAUUUACAAAAAGUGCAAGGAAAGAUUGCCUCAGUUGUUAAAACCUUGGAAAAACAACAAGUUCUUACUCCUUCACUGAAUGAGACAAUUUGUAACAUCAAAGAUCUUGAUGAACUAGAAUUUUGUUAUGCCCCAUUUAAAGAUUCAAAGAAGAAGACCCUAGCUGCCAAAGCAUUAGAACUGGGCCUGGAAGCACCUGCUUUAGCUUUGCUUGAAGGAGUGAAACAUGUUUCCAUCGAGACCCUUUUGAAUGUGGAUGUAGAAGGUCUUGAUUCUAUGAAGAGUGUUGAACUCGGGAUCCAACAUGUGAUAGCUGAUGUCAUUGGGAAAAAUAAAGAAAAUGUGGACAAACUGAGUCAACUAAUUACAAGAGCAGAUGUCCGCCUUUGUAUCACAAAAUCACGGAGCGCAGACAAACAGAAUCCUAGUGAUCUUUCCAAAUUUGAGUCAUACAUCGACAAAACAUUUAGUGUAGGAAGCCCAGAUAAUCCUAUCAAACCUCAUUUGUUUUUGGCCAUUAGCAGAGGUGAAGACUUGAAAAUACUGUCUCUGAAAAUAGUUUUCCCUGAACACGUGGAAUCUGAUUGGAUCAAGUUCUGUGAAAACAAGUACGGUAAACAAGACAGUAAACGUAGUGAUUUCCGCACGAUAAUUAUUACAAAGAGUAUCAAGGACGCUUACACGCGAAUAGUGGAACCUCUCAUAAAGCGACGAAUUAAAGCACGGCUAACUGAAAAAUCUCACCAUGCAUCUGUCGAUGUCUUCGCAAAAAAUUUAAAGAGUUUGCUGCUAUCACCCCCUUUACCAAAUACCACAGUUCUUGGCCUCGAUCCUGGAUUCAAGCAUGGUUGCAAGUGCGCCGCGGUUUCUCCAAAUGGUGUCGUACUCCACACAGAAACUAUUUACAUUCGAUUUGGCGAUCGAGAUGUGGUGCGACAACCUGCUGCCACGUCUCUCAAAAAUAUGGUACAGAAAUACGGAUGUUCAACAGUUGCUAUCGGGAAUGGAACAGCUUGUCGCGAAACGGAAGAUUUUUUGAGCCAACUGAUUGAGAAAGGCGUUUUUAAACCAAUCGAUGUGAGGUUUACCAUUAUUAAUGAAUGUGGAGCGUCCAUUUAUUCAUGCUCUCCCGAAGCUAAAGAAGAAUUCCCUCAACUAGAACCGAAUGUGAUAAGCGCUAUUUCAAUUGCUCGUCGGCUCCAGGACCCUUUGACGGAGUAUGUUCGCAUUUCACCGCGUCACAUUGGUAUUGGAAUGUACCAGCACGACAUUUCGAUCAAACAGCUGGAGGCGGCUUUGGACGAUAUUGUCAGCGAGUGUGUUUCUUUCGUUGGCGUUGACAUCAACAGUUGUCCACCUCAUGUACUCAGUAAAGUGGCCGGUUUGAGUUGCAACAAAGCAAAGAAGAUUAUCGACUAUCGCACAAAACAUGGGCAGUUUACUAACCGUCAACAAAUUCUUGACGUACCAACACUUGGCCCUGUAACUUUUCAGCAAUGUGCUGGCUUUUUAACCAUUCCGGAAACAUCAUCAGCAAGCUCCAGCGAUAGCAGUGAUCAAAAGCCGACUAAGCCAAGCAAAGGAUCUCGCGGGAAAAAAGCUGUUUGCCUUUCGACUAAUCCCUUAGAUCGUACGUGCGUUCAUCCAGAAUCUUAUGAUUUGGCAAAAACAAUAAUUGACUUGUUUGGAGGAAAUCUCGAGGAAAUUGGUCAUGAGUCAUUCAUCCGAAAGCUGCAAGUGUUUCUCGCUACUAAAUCGUCAGGCCAAAUCGCCCUUCAACUGGAAGAAACAGAAGGCAAGAUUGAGCAAAUACUACAAAGCAUAUCGCAACCGCUCCGAUAUGACUUGCGUACCAAAUUCGACAAGCCUUUGUUCAAAAGAAGCGUAACUUCAUUGGCUGACAUCAAAGUUGGACAAGAACUCAGAGGUCGAAUCAACAAUGUCACGGAUUUUGGGGCUUUUGUAGACAUUGGAGUAGGAAAAGACGCAUUGUUGCAUUCAAGCCGUAUGAAAGGGAAAAAGGAGAGUCUUUCAGUUACCAAUCAAAUUUACGUGAAAGUUCUCAGUAUCGAUGUGUCGCAACAGCGAAUAUCAUUGGAACUAAUUUAAAUUUAUAUUAUGAAAUGUUUUUGCUCUGCUUUAAAUUACUGGAUAAUUUCUUUGAAUUAUCUCCUACGGUUUUUAAAAUCUCAAUUGAACAGUUGAAGCGUUGAACACCAAAUGUAUUUUGUGUCCAUCUUGUGAGAGAAAUUAGAGUUGGUUAUUAGCGCCAUUGA